CUUAUCAAAUAUAAAAAUAAACCAAAAACACAAAACACAAAAACAUCUUCAACCAGCUUUUUUCUUUCCUCUUCCUCUUAUUGAUCCUGGUUUCGAAAUACGACGAGAUUUAGAGAUGCUAGUGUUUAUCCCAUAUUCGGCCAACUCACUAGCCGAUAAUUUUAAUAAACUAGAAGCAGUUACAAUACCACCAUUUGGAAUUCCACCUCGAGGCCCAUUUUCUAUGAAGUUUGGGGGCUUAAAAGAAGAAUUUGUCUCAACAACUGGUGUUUUGUAAUUUUUUAACACGCUGCAUCUUUCAAUAUUACUC